AAUAAACUUUCAGUAAGAAGUUGAAUAACAUUUUACACUCGGUUGAAUAGGUGUUGUAAGCUUAUGGGUGGGUUGGAUGGCAUGAACAGAACCUGCAUCGUUAUCUUGUAGAACACGAGACUGAUGAUUUUAAAGGAAUGUACGGUCUCUAUACCAACCGUUGGUUUUUCCCUCCAUCCAGAAAUGCAACAAAACUCAGCCUCCCAAAGACACCUCCCAAUCUCUUCCUUUUCUCAUUCCAUUUCUUCUACAAUUCUAUCUCACCAAACAAUCCCAUCUCAUUUGAUUUUCUUCUUAAAUCCUGCAAUAGCUUGGAACCACUUAAACAGAUCCACUCAUCUCUUUCCACUACUGGUUUCAUUCUUAGCAACCCUCAGUUGGGUGCCCAACUAAUCACCAAAUACUCCAAAUUCGGGGACACUGAUGCCGCCCGAUCGCUCUUCGAUGCGAUCAAGGGAUGUAAUUCUUUCCUCUGGAAUACAAUGAUCAGAGCCUAUGCCAAUGUGGGCCAUUGCAAUGAAACGCUCGAGCUAUAUUCGGUCAUGCAUCGAAUGGGAAUUCGAUCGAACAAUUACACAUACCCAUUUGUUCUUAAGGCAUGCGCUACCAAAUCGCUGGUUUUUGGAGGGAAAUCGGUCCAUCUCGAUGUUAUAAGAAAUGGGUUCGAUUCGGAUGCAUUUGUUGAGGCUGCAUUGGUUGACAUGUAUGCAAAAUGCGGCGAGAUUGAUGAUGGGCGCAGAGUUUUCGAUGAAAUGUCAAAGAGAGACCUUGUGUGCUGGACUGCCAUGAUUACAGGUUAUGAGCAAGCUGACCGCGCAGCAGAGUCAUUGGUGCUGCUUUCUGAAAUGCAACAAGAGGGUCUAGUGGCCGAUUCAGUUACGGCAGUUAGUGUUGCUUCAGCUGUUGGUCAGUUGGGAGAUGUUCAGAAGUCUCGAUCAGUUCAUGCCCAUGUGAUCCGAAAUGGAUUUCUUGAAGAUCUAAUUGUUGCGAAUUCUAUCAUAGCCAUGUAUGCUAAAUGCGGUGAUGUUAAAGCAGCACGGAUAGCAUUUGAUGGGAUGAAGGUGAAAGAUGGUAUUUCAUGGAAUUCCUUGCUUUCUGGUUAUGCUCAAAAUGGCUUUGCAACAGAAGCUCUUUUACUGUUUGAACAAAUGCGGGUUUCCACAGUGCAGCCCAAUCCUGUAACAGCCUUGAUCGUCGUUUCAGCUUGCGCAUACUUGGGUUCUCUGCACAUAGGAAGGAAAGUCCAUAGUUUCAUCGUCAGUGGUAGAAUGAAGAUCGAUACAACCUUAUGGAAUGCAAUCAUCGACAUGUAUGCAAAAUGCGGUGAUCUAGAAACUGCAAUUCAGGUAUUUGAUAAUGGACAUGAGAGUGGAAGGAAUGUCAGUUCAUGGAAUGUCAUGAUCUCAGGCUACGGCAUGCAUGGCCAUGGGAAAGAAGCCCUCCAUCUCUUCUCACGGAUGCAAGAAGAAGGCGUUGAACCGAACCACAUUACGUUCACAUGCAUUCUAUCAGCAUGUAGUCAUGCUGGCCUUGUCGACGAAGGAAGGAAAUGCUUUUAUGACUUGAGAAAAAAGUUCUUCACAAAACCCACUGUGAAACACUAUGCCUGCAUGGUCGAUUUGUUGGGCCGUGCUGGGCAUUUGGAAGAAGCUCAAGCGCUGAUUGCAGAAAUGCCUUCAGAGGCCAAUGAUGGGGUAUGGGGGGCCUUGCUUGGUGCUUGUCGAAUCCACAGAAAUGCCGAAUUGGGACAAUUCGCUGCUAAGAAUCUGUUCCGUCUUGAGCCCGAGCAUUCGGGAUACUAUGUCCUGAUGUCGAAUAUAUAUGCAGCGUCCAACCAAUGGCAUGAAGUUGGGAAGCUACGACAGGUGAUGAAGAGUAGAGGACUGAAGAAACCGGCAGCUUUCAGUGUGAUUGAAUUCAGGAAAGAGGUUCAUGGGUUCCAUACUGCAGAUCAGACUCAUCCGGAGUGGAUGGAAGUUUACAGGAAGGUGGAGAUCUUAGCCAUUGAAAUGAAGAUGGCGGGGCAUGUGCCAGACACAUCGUGUGUGUUGCAUGAUGUUGAAGAGGAGGACAAGGAACACAUACUGAACUAUCAUAGCGAGAAGCUGGCUGUAGCUUUCGGCAUCAUGAAGAUGGACGAAGGCAUUCCUAUACAGGUCACAAAGAACCUUCGAGUUUGCCACGACUGCCAUUCAGCUUUCAAGUUCAUUUCAUAUGUUCAUAAGAGGAAGAUUGUGGUAAGAGAUGCAAAUCGUUUCCACCAUUUUCAAGACGGGUGCUGCUCGUGCAAGGACUAUUGGUAAAUUGCUACAGAUUUAAGUGUUCUUCCAAAUCUGUGCAGUCGUUUGCAUUGGUUGAGUGUUAUUCCAAAUUGCUACAGCCAGCUUCUAGAUCUCCCUCGAAUGCACAGCACUUGGCCAGAACUACUGGUGUCUUUAUUUGAGCCAGCGGCAACCCCUGUCCCACCCACAAUGCAUGCUGAUGGGGAAAAAAAAAAAAAAAAGGAAUAAAGAA